GGCUCUGCCCCAGCACACUACACACUGGAUAUCAUCACACUCAGAGCCUCCUCACCAUCCAACCUCUUGUCAUACCAGGUCAAGCCUCUUUUGACCCUGCCACUCAGCCCUGGUGCGAAGAAGAAGAAAAGAGGAGGAAUAUAAAGAAGAAGAAGAAGAAAGUUACAGAUCACAGGACCCAGAGAAGCAGUGCAGUAGGAGAGGAAGCCUUAGUGCUGGCUGGUGAAAAUGGUCCUGUGGGUCGUCUUGCUGAUGUCUCACUGCUGGUGGGGUCUGAAUGGAGUCGCAGCAGAAAGCACAGGACUGGAGAGGAUAGAGAAAUGUGGCACCAGGUGUUCUCAGGGCCUUAACUGCAAGACCAAGCCAGACAAUUGGUUUUCUCUUCCGUGUCAGAGCCCCGCCGAAGGUCUCAAACCCUCCUCCGUGUUCCGUAACAUCAGCCUCUCCACCGUCAUGAGCUGUGAGGGGAGGCAGAAGUGUUCGCUGCAUCUCAGAAUCAAAACCGCAGUACAGCUUACUGAGUCCAUCCAUGGUGUGUCCAUCUGCACCCUCACUGCAGGGAUGAUGGCCAACUGCAGAAUUAUCAGCUUCACAAAAGCGUCAAGAGAAAGAAUGUCUGGACUGCAGGUGGAAGUUGAGAAUGAUUGCACUGACAUUUCUCCGCGCCAACGUGUGCACGUGACAGUGAAAACUGUGCCCAGCUACUGCGGCGUAACCUGGACGGGCACCUAUGACGCUCCAAACUGCGUCAGUGAAGAUUUGCGAAAACAUGUCCCAGAAUGCAUCACUGGGAGGCUAUCAUAUGAUAUAGACCCGGAGAGGAAGGAGCUGAGUGUCAGUGUGUCAGACAUGCUGGAAGAUCACGACUACCACCUUCGUCUGUGCCAUAAGGAUUUCAUCUGCAUUGGCACAGGGGCCAAUACACUGAUAAAGAAGGGGGAACCCAUAAAGCACGUCACCCUCCCAUACUCCCGACCUUUGCCUUGCCUCUGCAUCGAGGGGUGGUCAGCUGUGAUGGACGCCCCCAGAGUCCAGGCCUGCCCCUUCAGAGACCGUCUCAAGGAGCUGUGGUUUGGAAUUAACUUUGACCCGCUGGAGGAGACGCUAUCAUGGGAGCCCACCUGUCCAGUGACUGCUGUGGUUGUGUUGUGUCAGAAAAGAGAGGACGGUGUCUGUGUGGAUCUGCCUCACGCCUCACAGAACAUUAGCAGAGAAAAGAUAACAUUCACAAAAGUGGAUCCACACCCUCAACUGUGCAUGAAGUUCACUGCAGGCUCUCAGUCCUGGACCAGGUGCCCCUUUGCUGAUUCCAGAUUCCAAGCGUGGGAGGUGACUGUGACGAGACAGCAAGGUCAGGAAGACGUGAAUUUGUUGUCACGAACCACUGGAGUGUUUUCCGUGGAGCUGUGCGUAAAGUCCGAAGGGUCUACUGUGUGCAAGAUCACCGAAACACGCACCGUGCAUGUGGAGAAACAUAAAUCCGUUGGUUUAAGCCUCGCAGGGGAACUAUGCAACUCAUGUCUUCAGGUGAAGAGGCUCGAUGUGAAGUUCGCUGCCACAGUCAUUCACUGUCUUGAGCAAUGCAAUCAAUCAGUGGCUGUUAGACCUGUUAUCUCCACCCGAGCCUCUUUGGACUUGACCUGGGUCGUUGUACCAGCUGGUGUUUGCCUCUCUGGCGUCAUAAUUAUUACUCUGGUGCUGCAUGUACUGUUAACCGUGUAUCAGAGGAGGAAACAGAAAGGAAAAGGAGGCUGUAUCUCUAAAAAUCAAAAAGAUCCUGCUUUUGACUGUGUGGUGCCUGUAUUACAAACUCAACGUGCUCUCCAUGGAGGUGUCCUCAUACCUGACUCACCGCAUUGCAAGAACACCGAGAGGGCCAACCUCAUUUCUGACUGACCACAGAACGGUGCUACGGUCAAAAGCAUUACUUGUAAUGUGCAGUAUGAAACUGUAAAGUUGUUACACAAACCAAACAAGUUCUCUGUAGAAUGCAGCGAACAAUGUUGGGACUGAUAUUUCACAUGUUAUGUAUGUUACUGUAUAUUUGCUGGUUAGUAUGCUUGUAUUUUGUCUGGUGUUGUCUGUUUGGGUGAAAGUUACCAUGUAUAUUGUCGUUUUUUAACUUAAAAUACUCAUUCAGCUUGCAGCUAAACAGUCAGUUCACGUCCUAAUUUAAAAAUAUAUUUUGAAUAAAAAAUGCAACAUACUAAAGAAAA